AUGCAAGUGCUUAAAAAAGUAGGGGGAGGAACUACUAAUUCUACUUCACUAGUAAUGUGUAGAUUUUGGGCCAACUAUCUUCCAAUGUUUAAUGGAUCUACAUUCGUUUCACUAAGUGACAAAGAAUAGUUGAUAUUGAUUUUUAGCAGUGGCACUUAUGUUGUCAAAGUCUACAAGAAGGUGAAUUAGGCACAUUUAAUAACUAAUGAUCAUUUGGAGAAAUUCGAAGAUAAUAAAAUUUUGUUUAGUUAUAAGAAGUCUGCUGAUGAUCAAGGACUGCUUAUUGUAAACUUUUAAGAUGACUCUUUCAAGUACAUAAAAGUUAGUUUAGGAUCUAGUAUUUUGUCAUUUUUAGAUAUUGGGGCUUUAAGAACUGGAAUUGUUUAUGGAAUAGCUAAUGUAUACAUCGAUGGGAUAACUAGAUUAGGAUUUGUAGCAUUAAAUAUAACAACUUUGACUGCUUAAUACGCUUUUUACUCAAGAAAUAAUUCAUUUAUAAAUGCAACAAUUACUAAAGGUAACUGGGGAACAACACUUUAUAACUUCUUCUACUGUAAAGAUUUAUAUAAAAAUGAAGUUAAAACAGUAGAUAUUUAGUUUUUCUAGUUAUCCCCUACAAUUACCAACGGACUAAUUAACACAUCAAAAUAGAAUGUAAUAUAUUCAUCAUUCUUUGAUAAUCACUACUGCAGAGCAAUUCAACUUAUCAGUUCAUCCAAUUUUUAUGUGCAACUGCAACACAAAAGCUCAUUAUCAGAUCCAUAUGAUGCAGUACUAUAUUUUAACACUUCUAGCCCAAUCGCUUUUACCUAUUACAAAAUAUAAAAUCCUGAUUCAACAAAAAGUGCAUACUAAAUCUUCUCCAUUACAAGGAUGAAAAUUAUUUGGUUUGAUAUGUAAUACUUUGUUGGAUCCCUUUAUGACAAAAAUACUUAAUAAUAUGCAGGCGCUGUAUUUGGUUUACCAACAUCUAAAUAUAAUUGCUUUGAUUUUCCUUCCAAUGCAUUUACAAUAUAAUAUGCCAAGGAUUUUGAAAUUACACCAUUUACUGGUUUGAGUUUGACAGAAACUGCAGAAACUAUUUAUCAAAGUGAUACAGCUAGCUAUCAAAACUCAUCAACCAAUUUAUACCUUAGAACUGAUUUGAAGACAUACUGUACUAGUGCAACUACUUAUUAUGAUAUUACUUAUUCAGUUUCACCUUCAAUUCCUUAGUCAUCGUUCACUUACUUUGUUGGUCAAGGUGAUAUGAUUUUCUAUACUUAAAAUUAUACAGUCAACAGUAAAUCUUGUGCUGAUAAUACAUGGACUUUAUCAGCUACUCUUAAAGAUGGUUCAGCUCUACCAGCUUUCUUUACAUAUGGAAGUUACUCUAAAAAUGCUUUCAAUAUUUCUACAAAAUCAUCAUCAAAUGUCGGACUUUACACAGUGACUUUGAAUUUUUACUAAUAUUUUGGUCCAUUAACAACAUUUGACAUAACAAUAGAAAUUAAAGUAAAUACCUAGCCCCCAAAAUUUAACUCAGACUUAGCUGAUUAAGUGGUAGUUGUUCCUUAAACCUUGACUUAUUUGUUUCCUUCUGUCACUGAUUUAGAUGGUAAUUCAUGGUAUCUUUAAUUUGUAGCAGCAUUACCAUCAUUUGUUACUUUUACAAAUUCAUCAAGUGGUUUGUCAGUUUACAUAGCUCCGAUUGAUAAUUUACUAUCAGGUACAUACACUAUAAAUCUUAAAUUAAGAGAUUUUUCUUUGUAUUAAGAAUAUUCUUUCAAAAUUGUUGUUAUAAAGAGCACCGGAGGCCCAAAAUUUGCAUCAAGUCUAGUAGAUCAAUCAAUUUAUGUCGGUUAAACAAAAACCUACUAAUUACCCACUAUAGUAGAUACUGAUGGAGAUGUUACCUAACUUGCAUUAAUGACUAGUCUUCCUUCAUUCAUAGUAUUUGAUUCUUCUACAAAUAUAUUUACACUUAAUCCUAUCUUGGUAUCUCAAGUUGGCACAUAAAAUAUUUAAAUAAAGUUAUCGGAUACCUAUAUAGAUAAUACGGAUAACUAUCUGAAAAUCAUCAUAAAGGAGAAUACUUCACCUCCCCAAUUCGAUUAAAAUUUAGCAGAUUAAACAGCUUAUAUCAAUUAAUUAAAACAAUACUAACUUCCUUCAUAUUCAGAUGUAGAUGGAAAUGACUGUACUUUCACCUUAGAUUUAACUUCCUUGCCAAACUUUGUGACAUUUGAUGAUGCUACCAAAACUUUUUCUAUAAAUAUCACUAGCUCUAGCUAGCAUGGAACAUAUACUAUCUCGAUGGCACUUUCAGAUUUUUCAUUGAGUAAUACAAAAUCCUUCAGAAUAAUUGCCAUUGCAAACUUGAAUUCUCCUACUUUUCUUUAUGACUUAAAAGAUCAAUAUGCUUGCAUAUCAUGUAAUAAUCCUACAUUUUAACUUCCACUCUACUCUGAUCUAGAUAAUGAAGAUAUCAUUACACUAACAAUUUCCAAUGAUAUUCCAAGCUUUGUCACAUAUACUACUAUUUCAAAUAUUUAUACAUUUGCUUUUAAUCCAGCAAGUAAUUAAGAUGUGGGUACUUUUACAAUAAGUAUGAUAUUAUCAGAUCAAGUUCAUCAGCAGGCCUAUUCAUUUAGGCUUUAUGUGAAGAUUAAUUCAAAAGCCCCUGAUUUUAGCUCAGGUGCGCCAAUUUUCGAGUAGAGUCUAUAAACUUAAUUAGUUUGGCCAGGCUAAUCUUCAACCUAUACUUUACCUUCAUUUACUGAUCCAGAGAGUGAUGCAGUAUAACUUCAACUAUUAUCUUAACUUCCAGGUUUUGUCAAUUUUAAUAGUGCUACUUAACAAUUUUCCCUGAAUCCUAGCGCUAUCGCUUCUCCUGGAGAUUAUAAUAUUUAAAUAAAACUUUCUGAUGGCAAUAAUUUCAAUUUUUACUCUUUCAUAAUUAAAAUUCCGACAACAACAGUUGAAAGUCCAGCUCCUAUUGAAUUAAAAUCAUCAAGCGAUCUAAUUUCUAAAAAAUAGGAAAAUCAGAAAGUAGAAUAAACUUUAGUGACUAAGAAUACUGCACCUUACAUCAAUACUGAUAUAUUUUCUCUUUCUCCAAUCAAUUUGAGUGUUAAUGAAAAAUAUCAAAAUGUUUUAUUUCUUGCAAAAGAUGAUUAAAAUGAUUAACUUGAUAUCACUGUAGCAUUUACUAAGAUAUCAGACAGUAAACUUGAUUCCAGUAUAUUUAAUUACGACAAAGCAAGUAAUAUUGAUGAUUAAUUAUCACUAGGAGGCUCCACUAAUGGUAACGGUAAUGGAAAAAAAAGUAAUGUUUAAAAAAGUUUAACAGCUUAAAUAAAGGCAAUUAAUUCUGAUGGAUAGAUUAAAGUGUAAUUUAAUCAAAAGAUAGUGAUACCAAGCACAACUAAAACUAACAUGAAAUUAAUGAGAUAUAUAGAUGUUACAAUUUAUGGUUCUAAGACGACCUAUAAUUUCACUUGGAAUAUUAGGUGGAAAGAAGCUAAAUUGGCUUAACUAAAGUAAAAGAAAAAGCAAAGAUUGAAUUUAAAAAUAGAAGAAUAUUCAUAGCAAAAGCAAGUUCAUCUACUUAUCUCACUACUUAUGAUUUAACUGACAUUCUUGUUCCCAUUAAUGAUGAUAGUGCUUGGGUGGUACAUUAUCAAUGCUCUUUCAGUUGAUAAAUGCUUUGCAAUUAAUUCUGAUGAUGCCACUUAACAAUUUCACUAUUCCCUCAUUUUUAUCUGA